AUGAUAGCUGAUGAUGCUAAAUAUACAGUUGAGGAAAUAGCAGACUUAACUAACAUUAAUUCGUCAGCAGUUUUUCGUAUUUUAAAGGAAAACUUAAAGCUUAGGAAAGUCUGUGCUAGAUGGGUGCCGCAUCUUCUCUCGGAAGAGCAAAAGCGCAUCCGGGUAGAAAUGGCUUCACAGUUACUAACAAUUUAUGAAGAUUGUGACCAAAGGCGAAUAAAUGAGAUUGUAACUGGUGAUGAAACAUGGAUAUAUUUUUUUGAACCGGAAACUAAGCUCAAUAAUAAUGUUUGGAUCGGUGAAAAUGAUACAAGGCCUCAAAUUGCACGCAGAAACCGGUCUGUCUGGAGAGUAAUGUAUGCCUUAUUUUUUGAUUCUAAAGGCCCUGUUGCUCAAGUUCCGGUUCCAGAACACAGCAGUGUUACUGGUCAGUUUUAUGCAGAGAAUGUCUUGUCUCAGGUUGUAGAGCACUAUAAAACCACCCGACCAACAACCAGUACUAGAGGAAUAAAGCUCCUCCAUGACAACGCACCUGCCCAUAGAUCAGAGGUAGUAACCAAAUAUUUAAAGGAAAAUGGUAUUGCCGUUUUACCACAUCCACCCUACGGUCCUGACCUAGCUCCAUGCGAUUUUUGGUUGAAUGCCGUUAUCAAAGAAGCCCUCCAAGGACGGCGAUUUGAAAGUCGUCAUGCAGUCGGAAGUGCUGUAUUCCAGUGUAUGAAGCGUAUACUGAAAGAGGACUAUAGGGCAGCAUUUUCCACGUGGAUUUCAAGACUGAAAAAGUGUGUCCAGGUCAACGGAGACUAUGUUGAGGGAUUGAUAUACAUGUAA